GCAAUAACGUUAAAGUUAUUAUUAAUGAAGGGAUGAUAAGUUGGAAGUUCUUUUGACAGUAGGUGUGCCGUGUUAUCUGCUGGACAUGGAUUUGACUUUAGAGAAUGCUUUUCAUUCUAACAACAGCAGAACCAUAACAGGUGUGUAAAGCAUAAGAAUGCAGAUGCUUGAAUGAACCAGUCGAGCUACAGAAUGGCAAUCAUCUUCACGUAUAACCUGCUAAGAUUUUGGGAUCGGCAUUCAGAAGUCGAUGGUGAGAAGGAAAGCGAGAGCAGCAAAGGAGAGUGAUUGUGGAACGACUCAGUUACAGCAGGGAAAGUUACACGAUGUCAAAGCCAGACACACCAGUUUCCGUGCUAAGGAGAAAGUUUUUCCUCUCAGACAGCACUGAGGACGACAAUAGCUCCACUCCUCAGACUCCCACGAAAUCUCCACAGGGUGUUUUCACUGAAACUAAGGGAGGUUCGGUCGGCUCAACUCCUCCACCAGUGUCACCAAAGAAGUGGAUCGUUAGACAGGGCUCCGGAGGAUUUGACUCUGGAAAUGGACCUGAGGAAAUAGUAAAGCCAGACACACCAGUUUCCGUGCUAAGGAGAAAGUUUUUCCUCUCAGAAAGCACUGAGGACGACAAUAGCUCCACUCCUCAGACUCCCACGAAAUCUCCACAGGGUGUUUUCACUGAAACUAAGGGAGGUUCGGUCGGCUCAACUCCUCCACCAGUGUCACCAAAGAAGUGGAUCGUUAGACAGGGCUCCGGAGGAUUUGACUCUGGAAAUGGACCUGAGGAAAUAGUAAAGCCAGACACACCAGUUUCCGUGCUAAGGAGAAAGUUUUUCCUCUCAGACAGCACUGAGGACGACAAUAGCUCCACUCCUCAGACUCCCACGAAAUCUCCACAGGGAGGUUCGGUCGGCUCAACUCCUCCACCAGUGUCACCAAAGAAGUGGAUCGUUAGACAGGGCUCCGGAGGAUUUGACUCUGGAAAUGGACCUGAGGAAAUAGUAAAGGUGGUGCCCAAACCACCAGUUUACAACUGUCAAGCACAAGCUUCUCCUCUGCCUCAAAAAACCCCAAAAGAACAGCCUCAUGAUGGACACAAAAUGGAUGCCAUCUCUUUGUCCAACUGGCAAAACGGACUGAAACCCUGGACUUAUCUGUGGAAAGACCUCAAACGUAGAGGAGAGAAAGAAACAAAGAUCGUCAAAGUUGAAGCUGAACAGCUCAACGAAGCUAUAAAGCGUUACAUCUUACUGCUGUCUAAACAUGGUGACGACCUGAAGUGGCACACUGCCGAGCUGCUCUGCAUUGCUGACAACUUGGACAAGGUUUCAAAGGGGACAAAGAUUGCUGGCAUCACAGGAGGAGCUACAACUGCAGCAGGAGGUGUUGCAGCAGCGGCCGGGGUGAUUCUGGCCCCAGUAACAAUGGGAUUAUCACUGGCCCUGACUGCAGUCGGGGUUGGCGUGGCCGCAGCCGGCGGCAUCACUGGUGCAUCAGCAGCCAUCGCCAACAAGGCGCACGUCAGUCAGAGCAAGAAGAAACUCGAGAAGACCUUCCAGGAGUACAAGGACCUCAUGGUGAAUAUUCAGGAUUGCUUGAAGUUCAUCAACGAGGGCUUAGAGCAGCUAAAGCAGCAUGAUCUGUAUGUUCUGAGUGAAGCCAGGAAGGAUUCGGUGAAAAUAGCAAAGAUGGUACAGCUGGCCGCUACAGGACGAGCCAGUGCCAGGGCCAUAGAGGCUAACAGUAACGCGUCUGGGCUGAUAGAAGGCUUCGCCCUCGGCAUGGAUCUCGUCAUCCAAGGAAAGAAUGGUCAGAGGCCGAAGAAGGACUUCAAGUCUGCGCUCGGAAAGAAAAUCCGCAAGCUAGCAGAGGAGCUCAAUAAGGGUUUGGAUGAGCUCAAGGACUUGUUCAGUGAGCAUUGUUCAGAGGUGUGAAAGGUUUUUAACUUGUUGACCUUCUCCUACCUGAUUUAAUCUUCAUACGUUUAUAUUUGCCUAUUUUAAAAAUAUAUCAACAUAUCUGGCAAUGUAGUAUGUGUAAGUUAAAAAAAAAGGGACCAAACCCAAAUACUGUAUAACACAACAAGGAACAGACUUCUCAGUCUCCACUUUAAUGUCCCUAUUUUUCUCUGCAAAACCUCAAUGUAUAGGAAUACAGAGCCACACGUCAUUACACUGAUUAGAUAACUUGAGUGGGUACAGUUUUAGUAAAAAGAUGUCAUUGUUUUAUUGAUUUUAUUUUUUUAAACAUACAUUAUCUAUCUAUUAUCUACUGUAUAACCAAGUUGGUUAUACAGUAGAUAAUCUAUGAUUAAUAUGUUAUGUACAGUAUGUUGUUGCAGCUUCAGACUGGACCUGACCUGGGAAUUUACUUGGACAAAAUAUAAUAAAUAUAAUUUGGGAAUUGUG